AUGCAGCCACCGCAACCGGGCUAUCCACCCUCGCCCUCGCUCCUCUCGCCCUCUGGUCGCCCUGCACCGCCUCGCACCGACGACCUCCCGACCUACGCACAGACCCAGGCCGCGUCACCUUCGAGCCAGCGCUUCACCAGGUGGGGCGGCUGGGUCGACAAACGCACUCAAGAGCGCCAACACCCCGACCCUCGACCCUCCUCGUCGUCGUCGUCGCCCAACCUCGACCUCACCCCUCGCCACCACCUCGAACCGCACCAGGACUACCUCCCGACCCCGUGCACAACCGACGACGGCACCCGCCCUCGCAGCACCAGCGCCGCCUCGUCGUCAUCCGGCCCCCGCUCGACCCUGCGCCUGUCGCGCUCCUCGCUCCUCGACCGCCUCGGCUCGCGCUUCGACCACGGCAUCCCCGACGAGCCCUCGUGCGCCGUACCGCUCCCGACCUCGCACACGCACGACGACCGCCUCGUCCUUGUCGGCACCGCCAACGGCCUGUACCUCGUCGACCUCGCGCCCGUGUCAGCCUCGGCACCCCUCACGACCUCUGCCCGCUCGCCCGCCGACGCCCGCACCCUCUGCGUCUGGCACGGCAUCGGCGUCCACCACCUCGAGGUGCACGUCGACGUGCUCGAGUCGACGGCCAGGACUGCUGCGCGCAUGCCCGCGCCGACCGGGUGCGUUGUCGCCCUCGUCGACGUCGCGCACGAGCGCCAGGUACGCACCUGGAGCCUCGAGGCGCUCGUCAACUUGGCAACCUGGCGCGCCAUGGACGAGCACUCGGUCCCGCUCGAGCUCGUGCCAGCGCACUUUUCGACGAGCUCGAGUCGCAGCGGCCACAUGCACGGGCACCACCAUCAUGGGCAUCACCACGCGUCGACCUCGUCGACAUCCUCGGCCGCCACCUCGCCGUCGACGUCCUCACGCCGCCGCCCAUCCUUCCCCUUCCUGCACAAGACGACGCACGCCUCGCCGGUCAAGGACGCCCAGGUGCAGCCCUCGUCGUCGUCGUCGCCGUCGUCCUCCCCGGCGACGAGCGCGAGCGCCUCGCGCCUCUCGCUGCACCCGCUCGACGUCGGGGCCGCGCCUGCGUCCGCGCUCGGGCCUCCUCCUCCUCCUUCGGCGCCCACCUCGGCCUCGUCGCCCAGCAUGGCGCCGCAGCACCUCGAGCAGCCGCUCGAGUGGGCGACGAGCGGCGCCCGGCUCGUGGUCCCGAAAAGCGCCGGGGCCGUCGUUGCGUGCCGCCUGUUCCGCAUGCCGCCGCCGACGGCGCCGUCGCCGUCGGCCUCGCCUCGUUCGGCCGGUCAGUGGGCCGGCGCGAGCUCGUCCGACGAUGAUGGCGAGAGCGACAGCGACGGGUACGACGACGCGCCGGGCGCUCGACGCGCGCACGCAGAGCGCGAGCGUCGCCGCGUCGAGGCGGGCAGGGCGCUGCUCGUCGUCGUCGGCUCGGCGAGGAGCGUGUGCGUGUUUGAGCUGGCGGUCGGGUCCCCCGGUGCGGGAGCUGGAGCUGGAGCGGGCGAGGGCUUGGGUUCGGGGAGAGAAGGGAGGAUCUGGACCUUGACGAGGGAGUUCUUCGCUCCCUCGACCCCGCGUUUUCUCGACCUCGUCCGCACCACCUCCCCUCCCGCACCUUCCCCCGCUCCCCUGCGCGCCACUACCUCGCGCCCCUCUCCCACCUCGUACACGCCUCCUCGAGGCCCGACCUACCCGCCCGACCUGCACCUCGUCCUCGGCACGUCGCACCGCGUCGUCCUCGUCUCGCUCGCGACGGCCGCCGUGCACGAGGUCGACGUCGUCGCGCCGUCCAUGUCCGACACGAGCCCGAGCACGAGCACGAGGAGGAGGGCCGGCAGCGCCGCGUCGAGUCGCAGCGAGCUGUCACCGCCACAGGGCUCGAGCGCGCUCGGGCACCGCAAGACGCCGUCGCGCGCUGCCGUGGCCGCAGCGACUGCCGCGCUCGGCCUCGGCGAGCUGCGCAAGUCGCUGUCGGCGCUCGUUGGCGGCACCGGCAGCGGCGGCGGCGGCGGCGGCGGCGCGAGGGGCGGUCGGGCGGUCCCGGCGGGCAUGGACGAGGGCGAGGUUGAGGGCUUGGUCGCCGGGCGGCGCGUCGACGAGGAGCGUCGGGGCGUGCGCGAGCCUGACAAGGGUUCGGAGAGGGAACGGGCGAGGUGGACCGGGUGCGACGUCGUCGCGCUCCCCGGAUCCGGCGCGCGCUCGGACCGCCGCUCAGGCCGCCACACGUCCUCGCCGACCCGCACUCGCUCGCUCGUCCUCCUCACGCGCGGCAGCACGUCGUACCUCGUCCCCUCGCUGCCGUGCCCCGCCCCGCUCGGCGCGCCCGACCCGCCUCUCGGCCUCGACCGCUCGCCGUCAUCUCCUUCCUCCUCCUUUUCUGCCGCAUCGCCCACCGGUGCCGGGCCCGCCGACUCACUCGCGCUCGACGUCCGACACGCGUUCCACCACGCGCUCGGGCCCGUCAGGCGCGUCGUCGCGCUCAUGCCGCCGGCGCUCGAGGGCGAGAACGAGGGCGAGGGCCGCCCGGUCCGGCUCGUCGUGUGCGCGUUCGCCGAGACGGGCCUCGCCGUGCAGGAGUCGGGCGUGGUCCUCGCCUCGGGGCUCGUCGCGCCGCUAGCUGUGCCGGGCGUCGCUCGCGAGGCUCUGAGGAGGGAGACGGGGCCUGAGCGGCUGGGGGAGGAGCUCGGCGCCGCCGACGAGGAGGAGGAGGACGACCCGCCGCCCGACGCGGCGACGCUCGACUUUGCGCGUGCGACGAGGUUCCUGUGCGGGCUUGGCCGCGGCGGCGGGGCGGGCUCGGGCUCGGGAGCGGCGACGGGCGCACUGUUCGCGGUCGAGGGGCGAGGUGGGUGGGGGCUGCAGCGGCUCGCGGUGGCUCUGUAGCUUGCGCGAGUCACUCUGAAGCAUUGUUCCUCUCGUGCG